UUUGAGAAUGUUGGAUUUUCAUCUCGCGCUAACAGCAUAAUUGUACAUACUCUUCCCAGCGUUUAUUUCUGCUAUUAAAGAAAAAUGAGUUGACAGUUGAAUAUUGUUAUUUUUACGGAGACUUGAUGAGCAAGUUUAUCACGUUUUAAAUGUUAUUUCAUAUGGCUGAACUUUUUAAAUUAUUUUUGGAUAACGACCAGUAACUUUUACGUGUAUUUUGUAUCAGAUGUUUGGUGAAACGCGUCGUCCGUGCAUGGGUUAAGUGUUGUCAUUUCGGGUGCGAAAAUUGUUGCUCCUUUUUCUUUGUUAUUUAGAACAUUCUUGGACGCGGCAGAAGGAGAGCAGUCGGUGCAAAUACUAUAAUAAUAAAUUACCAUAGUAUAUUUAGUAGCCUUUCCUAACAUUGCAACAUACCAUUUUCAAAACUACUUGGUUUGUAGGAUGUUUCAAACACACCAUGUCGAGUACAGCCUUCAGCUUCUGAGAUACAGUUUACAGUGAACUGGGAAAAAACUAUAAAGAAAUUUCAGUUCUAUUUCAAGGCGUUAUUCUAGCUGACUGAAGAUAAUCUGUAAAUACUGACAUCAUAGUUGUUUCCUCAGCAGAAACAAACAAGGCAAUAGUAUAAACCACUACUCUGUUUGGCCCCCUGGUCAACCUAGUCCGAGCCUUGAACUUGUUUAAUUGAGCAGAUGUGUUCAAGCAUGUCACAAGGUAAUCAGGGCAUCUAGAACUGAAGAUGGUUAAGAUAACUGGAAAAUACCAGCUAGAGAAGAAUGAAAACUUGGACGGCUACUUCAAAGCAAUUGGUGUUCCAUAUGUGGCUCGGAAGAUGAUGGCUGCUUCCACACCUGUAGUUGAGAUUUCUUGUAAAGACGAGAUCUGGACUGUUAAAACUUCAACAUUAAUUCGAACCACUGUAUUGAAUUUUAAAGUUGGAGAAGAAUAUGAUGAAGUAAUGCCAUCUGGGGAGGUAUUGAAAAACACAACAACUUUAGAAGAUGAUGAAUUGAGAACCAUAUCAAAAAUACCAGACGGAAGUCAGACUUCAAGAUCGUACAGUUUUUCUGAUACAGGGAUGUUAUUGACACUUACUCAUGAGAAAAGUGGACAGACAGCAAAACGGCAUUUCAAGAGGCUGGCUGAUUAGUCUUCUGUGGGUGUCUGCAUAUGUGUAGGUAUGGAAAGGGAUUUUUUUUAUAUAUAUAUAUCCACAGUGACUUAUUUUUUGAAGGGAAGGGAUGUGGGUUGCUUGUUAUUCCAUCAUACCUUACGCUAAGCCCAAGUCAUAUUACAUUAAUUAAUUUGAUUAUAUUAAUAAUUUCUGAUCAGAAAAAAAGAUCAGAAUCGGUGGUUUCUUUUUCAUUGAUAUAAAAUUUGCACCUGGGAAAAUUCUUAUACUGUUACAUAUAUUUUUAUCUUUAAUACUGUUACUGAAAGAGUCAGUAUAAAACUUAAUAAUAUGAAAAUGUUAUUUUAAUGUUAUAUGUGUAAAGAAGGAUCUACUCUGAACAUACAUAUUUCAUCACGUCCCAGUGGGGAUGAAGACACAAUGUUACAGACACACAAUUGUACACCAGUGACAUGCUUGAAAUUGGUGUGCGUUAUGAGUUCAUCAGAAAAGGAUGUCAUAAUAUGGGGCUAGGUGGAGAAUCAAAAUGAAACGGUGUCUUGUUGCAAAAAAUGUUUCAGCCUACAGCAUAUUUGUAGCUUCACAAAAUUUAUCUAACUAUUCCAGUAAAUUUAACUAAAUUUAUUUUUUGUCAGGGAAUUAUUCCAUGAACUGUAUGAAUAUGUUAAAACAAAGGGGCACAACUACAGAAAUGCAAAGCCUCUUGAAGAAUCUCUUGUACUGUUAGGUAAUAUGAAGUUUAUCUGGUAACAUUCAUUAUCUAAGAUAGUACACACUUAUUAAAGUUUCGUUAGAUUAUGAGUUUCAUAAUAUUCAUAUGAAUAAUUGCACAGAUAAAGUUUUCUACAGUUUGUGUCAGCUUUAGUAUAGACUGUUGGCAUCAGUCCUCAUGGCUGCAGUGUCCCAAUUGGCAUGUGAGAGGGUUAUUGUACAACCCAUCGCAUCACAUUUCACAAACAAGUUACACAUGCAUGUCUGUCAUGUUCUCUGUCUUCAGCGUAAAAAGUUCAGUUUAAAAUGAUGUUCUAAAAUGAGUCUUGUUGUUUCGUAUAUCUUUGGUGUAUCUAGACCCAGCCCAAGAUGUACUAAUUGCAAACCAUGUUCUUAGUACAGUGCACAGUAUGAAUUUCUGUGUACUCUGAUUUGUCAGAGGCAUGAAAGAGAUUACUGCUGUAAUUAUUCUUGUCAUGCUUAAUAUUCCUUCAAAGUUCCAAUGUAAACUAUUGUCUUUAAUCCUUUCUAUACUGUGAGUGCAAUAUCUUGCCAAUUGUUCUUCCAGCUGCUUUUACAUCAACACUUCUAUUUGUCAGUUUUCUAUAACACCUGAUAUUUUUUGUAUGAUACGUUAUACUGUAGGUACUAGAUCUGAGCCAGGUUGAACAUCUCUGAGUUCAAAGAAGAUAAUGAAGCCAGUAUAAAUUUUUAAACAAAAAGUGACUGUACUAUUAAAUUGCCACCUUUGUACUAUUAAAUUGCCACCUUUCUGCUCCGUUUUGGAAAUAUGUGGAGUGUGGGGCUCAAUACUCAUACGGCAUUUUGCUGUUGCUUCUCAGUAUACAUAGUCACUUUUUUCAGUGUUAUCUCCUCAAAUGACAUUUGCUUCAGCCUUCAUUGGCUCAGAUUUAGCAUGCCUAUCCAGGAUAUAUUCAGUUUGAACGUCAGCUGCACUUCCAUGCAUAACUAUCCUUUUACUUAAAUCCAUGCUAAAGUAAUAAGCUUUAGUCUUUGUUAAAGCAUACUGCAUGGUUGGUUUAAAAGCAGCCUCGUUCAGCACUUAUAUAGGCUUGAUGCAAAGUCAUCUAAGGGAAAUUCUUUUGGUGACUGUUAGAAACUCUUGCCUCAAUUUGUAUCUUUCUUGCCAAUACAAAUUAUGUAAUCUUUUAAUGUUCAGACAAGACAAUAAAGGCAUCUCAAGCUCCUUGGAGUUAACAUGGAGCAGGUUCAGUAUUAUACAGGGAAAGCUUUAAGAUUUUAAUGUUGUCUAUUGAUGUGUACAGUGUUAUCUUUCUUCUGUAAAAGACAAAAUAUAAUAUUUGUUACUGAAGUCUA